AUGAAUGUUGAGCUAUCCGAAGUGGCUGCCAAGUCAGCAGCAGUUAAACUCACUUGCCACACAUCUGGCUACCGGAGCACUUGGGAAUGGGGAAUAUCUCGGUCUCUAUGGAGCAUCAAAAACUCAUCACUGUAUUGGUGUAUCGCACCUGUGCGCUUAAAAACCCUUUCCGAAAAAGGCAUUCACCCAAUAAAGGCUGCCUGUGGUUACGGCUUCACAACGUACAUUUGUGAGAGUAGUUAUUCUGAUUUUUGUGUUUACGGAUGUGGAAUCAAUAGUGACGGACAAUUGGGGUAUCAGUCAACUGGAAUCGAAGGUAAACUUAGUUCUGGUGAUCUGGUAAAUGUUGUUCCUGAACCUGUGAAAUUGGAUAUAUGUCUUACUAACACAGAAAAGAAAACAUAUCGUCCUUCUCAUGUGGCCUGUGGUCGAGCACAUACUAUUAUUUCUUAUGAGAAUUUCAAGGAGUCAACUGAAAGUACACCUCCACUUAUUUUCAGUUUGGGCAAUAAUGUCUUUGGACAGUGUGGCCGAGAAAUGAUUGCAGGUGAAAAAUACGGUCAGGAUACUGGAGUUGUUACGAAAAUUUUUGUACCACCUGAAAUCAAAUCUGUUAAAAAGAUUGUUUGCGGUCAAGAUCAUAGUAUGUUGCUUAGUUCAGAUGGUGUGGUUUACUCGUGUGGACUUGGGUCAGAUGGUCAAACAGGUUUGGGUCAUUAUGAUCCAGUCGAUCGAUUUACUCCGGUUAAAGGUGCAUUAAUGAAUGAACGCGUCUGCUUGCUAUCAUCUCGUGGUGAUACUGUACUUGCGCUUACUGAAUCAAAUAAACUCUAUGCCUGGGGCAAUAAUGAAUACGGUCAAAUAUGGCCAUUUGAUCAAAAUGUACAAGUCGCAGAACCUGUUCAUUUGAAUUUAGAUCAUUGUAUUGUUCCAACAGAAUCUAAUGUGUCUGCUGAUAGUGUUCAUAUAGGAGAGGUACAAUCGAUUGCUUGUGCGGGUUCCAUGUGUUGUAUUGUCAAUAAAAUUGGACAGGUUUUCGUUUGGGGUUAUGGCUGCAUUGGACUAGGUCCAAAAGUGAACUUUUCACCACGUCCUACAUUGAUCCCUCCUGGUUUAUUUAUGCCAGCCGUUGUAGAUAGUCCAUCUCGUGUAAAUUAUAUUUCAGCUGGCUUACAUCAUUUUAUUGUUCAAAAUACUGAUGGUCUAUUAUGGGCAUGGGGAGCACCACGAGGUGGUUUGUAUUGUUUAGGCUUAGGUACACAAGUGUCAAAGAAUGCUGAUAAUCAAACUUAUCCAAUGCCAUUGCUUCUUCCAAUCAAAUCUACAAGAGUAGCUUGUGGUGUUGAUCAUACUGUGAAGUGUUUUUAUCAAAAAGAUUGUUUAUUCAUCACAGUAGGUGGCUCCAACUUUGGUACACGUUUUAUAAGACGUCAAGAAUUUGAGCGUAGACUUUGUGAAGGAGAAAUUUUAGGACAUCACAAUAAUUUUAUCCACAAACUUUAUAUUGUUGCUUCACUGUGCAGUUUCGCAUGGGAUAAACACAACGCUUAUGAAAUAUUAGGAGUGAACAAGUCGGCAACGAUUGAUGAGAUUAAAUCAGCUUAUUAUACUUUAUCCAAGAACUUACAUCCAGACCGACUUGCGCAUUCUAAUCCAGAUAAGAUGAACAACGAAGAAUUUCAGUUAUUGUCUGCUGCCUAUAUGUUACUCAAGAAUACAGAAACUCGAUCACAGUAUGACCAGUAUAUAAGAACUCGUUGUUGGAUACAGCAAAACAAAAAUGAUAUUGUAACAGAUUUCGAUGCUGAAUUUCUACGUGCUCGUGAGCUGUUCAUGCGACGUCAGAGAUCUCGAAGUGACCAAUUUCGGUACAAAGCUGAUGUGAUUGAUACAUUUAAGAGUCAAGUGAAAACAAAUAUGGAUCCACUAAGAGUAUCAAAUUACCGUCAUCACUCUUUCAAGCGACAGCACCAACAAAAAGAAUCUUCUUCAUACUUAUUACGAUAUAAUUUUCUAGCUGUUACACUAAGCAUAGUUUUAAUAUAUUUCAUGUCAAAGUUGAAGUGA